GAGAAAUCGACGAGAUCAGAACGCGUCUGGAUCUGCAACGUUGAGGCUGCUCCCUGAACUGCUUUCUGCCAAGCUCCGACGAGAUAUCGCCCCGUCACGACUUACUUUAUCGCCGGCCGACAGCGUCCACCAGCCCACCAUUGUGGUCCCUAAAGAGUAGGCCUAGGUCGAUCUCGCGCACACCGAUCCGCGCACCGCCAAGUACCUGCGAGUAUUUGCUACCCCUUUUUCAAACCGAGCAGUGAAAGCAGAAGUGAAACCAUGGGACUACUUGCCCUCAUUGCGUGCUUUACAAUCUUGGCUUCGACUGCUACCAUCGACGCUUCGGACUGCAGCGAAAAAAGAGCGACUAUCUACACUGAGCUGCCGCCCCCGCUGAACACCAGUGCCAGGAACAGCACAUCGGUCAGCGGCCUGCAAAGGAUGUUCAUCAAGCUUCACGGAAGUUUCGGAUUCAUCCUGGUUUCGACUGAUAUACCAGAAGGCAUCAAGGAGGAAGGAAGGAUUGAACGAGAUCUUUUGUGGCGCCUGCUGCUCCAAUCGCCGGGCGUGGUCGUAUUGGGUAUCUUCACCUUUGUGUUCGCCGGCGCUGUGCCACUAAUCGGAGUGGUCGUGCUGUGGAAGCGCUGCUCGCAGCCGCCGGAGAAGAACGAAGAAAUGGUCACAAGCACUGAAGACGGAAUCCGGAAGACAAUGUUCGCUCUCUGGAUACUGAUUGUUUGCCUAGCGAUGAUGUCUGCCGGAGCACUUGUCACAGUGCGACAUGCACCUGUGGCAUUGGACGCGGCUAAGGAUCAUGAGCGGUACCUCGCCAACAACUUGCCCGCGGUCUUAGAGAAGUCAUCACACGACCUGGCCGUGAUAGCCGGCACCAACAUCAACGAGUUCUCGAAUGCCAUUGAUCGGCGUACCAAAGACUGUUCCGAAGAGGCGGCGUCCACGGUCGACAGCGUUGUCAGCAAGAGCGCUCUGCUGAACUUCGUGGCGACAACAGCCAAGCGUCUCAUGGAAAUCGACCGGCUGAUCCGGGCAGUUGAUGAAGCGGCCAACCAUCCCGACCUUGGGCUUGUGUGGGCCAGCAUACACAACGCGUCCGUGUGCAUCGACGAUGCGAUGAAAGUAUGCACAGGACAGUGCGACGCGCAGACGAUGGGCGAAAUACAGAAGCAGCUGCACGGCCUUGAUCAGUUCGCACAGGGCACAGAGAUCAAGCUACCCCACGGAGUCAAGCAGCUCAUGGACAAACUGAAGAACACCAACAUGUCCUGGUGGUCCUGUCCUAGCGCUGGUAGUGCAAUGCCGGGUCAGCCCUCGGCGGAGGUAGAGCAGGCGGUGCACUCCCGUACGUGGGCCGUUACCAAAAUUCCUUCAAGCGAGAAGGCAAGCGAAAACAUUAACCGUUCUACAGAAGGAUUGAGGACCGAGCUGCAAGUGUUCGCCGGCCACAUUGACAAAAUCAUCCGUCAGCUGGAUGCUUUGGCCAAGCGGUCACUGAACGUCACAAAGAACCUCGUCAGCCUGCUGGAAAAUGUCACUGGUGACGUCGCGCCGAGUCCAGGCGUUUACCAAGGUUUCGUCACCGCGGUGGCCGGCAUCACUGCAAUCAUCGUGGGCCUCUACGCGUUAGGCAACCAAUGCCUGAUGCUGCGAGCGCCUACCGGCGUUUGCAGCUUCAGCACUGCCAGCCGGAUCAUGCUGGUGGCAGUGUUCGUGUUCGUCGUCUUCUUCCCGCUGUCCAUGAUCACCUCGACUUUGGGAACCUCCAUUGGCAUGGUCGCCGACCAAAAGCUGUGCGUGCCCGCGCAGAGUCUGGGGGCGCCUGGCUCGCAUUCAUUCAUCGAAUUCCUGGCCAACAGUCUGGGGAGCAAGGGCGCUGGCCACACUUCAGCCGCUUUGCAUGAAGAAGGCACGGCAAGUGAAGAAGCCAUGGAAAAUGAAGAUGACACUGAAAAUGAGGAGGACGCAGAAAUGGAAGAUGGCACCGAAAGAAAAGACGGCAUGGAAAGUGAACAGGCGGCAGCAAGUGAAGAGAGCGCAGGAGGUGAAGAGAGCAGCCUACAACGUGGAGACGGUGGCUAUUCCAUUUCGCGCCACCAGGAGGAAAAUCACGGCAGUUCUUCUUGGGAACGUGUGUGUGGCACGGCCACUGAACACAUCACCGAACAGCAGAAGUGCGCUCCACAUGCAAUGCGCAAGAAAGCAGGAUGCUUCGUGCAUUCCUCACCUCACAGCCCUGAUCCUCUUCAUUUCCAUGAGGACAUCGGAGCUUCUGAACCGGACGAAAAUCUGAGCUCCAAGCUCAGUAAAGUGUUUUCUCCGACAUCUUUGCUAGCCAUCUUUGAACAGUUUGGAAAAUGCUCGAAUGAAGGACUCUCGUUCUUCGAGCUUUUCGGAACAGACAUCAUGAGGAACAUAACCGUGACUGUCCUAAGCGAGAAGAGUCCCUGGCUUGGCCUCGUCGACGAUGGUGUCGGCGCACCAAGGUUCAGCGGGCUGCAAAAGCUCGGUGAGGAACCCGCCCCGAACAUCGACGACGAGGUGAAAGGGAAGCUGGGAGCGUUUGCCCUGCCAAUUCUAAAAGGAGGAUUGUUCAAGGAGCUGGCGGACAAGGCGGAGGCGUCAAUAAAAAACAUCUCUGUCAUUCACCACAUACGGCGAAAAAUCGAGGAGCUCUUGUCAUAUUCCACAUCGUCUCAACCGGACCUGCAGAGGACUGGCACGGCGGUUCGCAGUGUGCUGAAAAGAAAAGACUCGUUCAUCGGCCUCCUGAGUGGGAUCAGCCAACGUGCGCAGGAACUUGAUGAAGCUUUCGACGUUAACGGAAAGAGUUUUUAUGAGGUCAUCAAGGAAAACGUCCACGCAUGGGAAAAAAUGCGGCUCGAUCUUGGGGAAUCCAUGAAGACCAUACGUGACGUGGGACUCGGAGCAGAAACUGGAUUCGCCUACGACGUCGAAGAUUUCUUCAACCACGUUAAAGCAGAGGUGCGCACUAGGGUGGGAGACUGCAGGGCUUUGUACGCUUUGUACAGGAGCACGGUGAGCACUGUGUGUGACCAAGGUGUUAGGCCGUUGGCCACCUUCUGGUGCGGAAUCUUAUGGUACCUGAUCCUGGGAGUACCUUCAGCGGUGAUGGGGUACACCCUUGCCACCCAAUUCGCCGCAGCAGCAGCUGAGCGAAGACUUUCCAGAAAAGAGUACUCCACGGAGGGAAAGAGCACUACAUCAGAAAUGAGCAGUUCAUCAGCAUCCUCAACCGGAUGAAGAAACCUCCAAAAGACUAAGGAACCUCUUGGAAAAAAUAAAUCUGUGAGAGGUGGC